CGCGGACAAAAAACACACACGAACACACCAACACACACGCACUCACGUAGCCGCAAUCGGCGAAGUUACAGGAAGGAAAAAAAACCGAAGUUCUCCAGCGAACUGAGGGAACGAGCGAGAGGGCAAGACUGCGCACAGGAACGCACACAGUCACCCCGCUGGGAACAGGGCAGUGACAGCAGCAGCCAGCUAUGGCAGCGCAGCCAGCAGCGAGCAAACACAACCAGCCGCACCAGGGAGAAAGUUGAAAAUAGUGAAAAUAUUACACGCACACACCCGCGACCCUCGCCAAGGGUGCGAAAGAGAGAGCGAGAGUGUGAGUGGGUGAGCGAGGGAAGUGCGUGAUUGCGUCCGGGGAAAGGUGUGCGUAGUUGCUCGGACAAUCGCGUGCCUGCCUUUGCGUGCGUGUCCCGCUGGCUGUGUGCGUGUUUGUGUGUAUGUGUGUGUCGAAUCGUGCGUGCCCGUGCGUGGCGCUGUGUACAGUGUGUAUGUGUGUAUGUGUGUGCGGACACCCGUUCGGGCUAACGGGUGUUUUUGGUGCGAUCGGGAUUUUGGGUGCGGUGUGUGUGCGCGCGCGGUGUACUGACCUGACCUGGCAAAACGGGUCUGGUGUGUGUGUGUGUGUGUGUGCGCGCGUUCCGUGUGCGUGAAAAGUGCGUGAACUUUCCCUCGCGUGAGGCAGCAGCAGCAUCAACAGCAGGGCAACAAACCGACAACCGACCGCUGCCGCUGGGUUAGCACGGAGUUCUUUUUUUUUGUGGUGGCGCACCACCACAACCACCUCCACCAGCAGCAACAACAACAACAACAACACAGUAGUGCAUUUGGCCAGGUGGUCGGUCAGUCUGUCCCACGGUUUGGGAAUCGAAAACCCAAAAUCGUUGUGCAAACCGGGGCAAGCGAAAGGGUCACCGACUGGAGAGGACGCAAAAGAAACAAAAGAAGCAGCGGCGGCGGCGGCGGCGGUACAAACACCCACACGGUUGGCCAUCAAUCAAACAAGGAAGAAACGGGGGAAAAGAAUACACACACCAAUAGAGACGCUCGCAGGCAGCCAGUGGCGAAGAGGAGGUGCGCUCUCUCUCUCUCUCUGGUCGCGAGUGCGUCACUCCCGACCAAUUCCCGGACGGUUCCAGCACCCGUCCGCGAACAAGAAAAGAAGGCAGCGAAAAGGUUUAGCGGCGGCGGGGCUCGCCCACCGUCCAUCGAGCACCAAACCGAUACUUCCCAUUUCCCCCGCUUUCCUGCAGUGCCAGCACCGCUGCCCCAUUCACUAGUUUGCAACAAUUGCGCUCGUGGCCGCUAGGGCGAGCGCGCGGGGACAAAUCGGAAAUUAAAUAAAAUAAAACCACACCGCCGCCGCCGCCCCGCGCGAUACGGCGACACGCUCUAACCGCGCGCGCGUGUGUGUGUCUGUGUGUCAGUGUGUGUGUGUGUCUCCAUCAUCAUCAUCAUCACCCAUCAGCGCUGCCUCAGCAACAAAACUCAGCAACAAUCAACUCGGCAAGCUCGGUUUGCCCCUCAAAGAAGCAACAGAAACUACUCACAAUCAUCAACGCACCGUUUUCCCCAACACCAAAAAAAAACUACUUCGCGCGCCUCGCGAAACGCAAUCAGCCGGAUGAACUUUUCGCUGUCCCGCAAAAGGAGCAGCAGCAGCAGCAGCAGCAGCGGGGAGUGGCAGCGAAGGGUACACUGACCGGGAACUUCCCUCCCCACUACAGCCCGAAGUACCGUAUGAAAUCAGCACGGGUCCGCUAGUAGCAGCAAAACGCAACCAGCGAAAGAAAAAUCGCAACCCCCCGCACCCUAAAACACGCCCGAAAAUUGGGCGAUAACAAGAAGAAGGGGGAAAACAGCUGGACGCGCGCGCGCGUGUGUCUGUGUGCGAGUACACGCAUCGGUGCCCCGCGUGCCCGCCAUCAUCUGGUCGCUCCGCCACACCGCACACCGCAGGCAACCUUUAAACGCAAUCCGCCACACCUCCGGCGAGGGACAUACCGGACCCGGCUCGGUGUGCGUGUGCGCGUGUGUGUGUGCAGUGUGCGUCCCGGAUACGGAUGACCGUAUCCCCCGGCCGGCCAUUAUGGCUGAGGAAGUGACGGCCGUGCUGCGGAUGAGCAAGGAUGGGACGACGUUCGGCUUUCUGCUGCGCCAGAUCGACAUCGGCGAGCAUGUGAUUUACAAGAUCAUCGAAAACACGCCGGCUGACAUGUGUGCCAAGGUCGAAAUCGGUGAUAUCGUGAUGAAGAUAAACGGCGUGGAUGUUACUGGAUUGGCAACCAAAGAUGUGGUGAAAUGUGUGCGGGUUUCACCGAACCCGAUGACGCUGCAGCUCCGAAAAGAUCCGCAGGUGAAGAGCCGCGUGUACGAGAUGAUUAAGUCGACCUCGCCGGAACGGGUGCUCCACCAUCAGCUGCACCAGCAGCAGACGCCCCCGGCCCAGGGCCCGGAAGAGUUUACCGUGGUGCUGCGGCGCAAGCAGGAGGACACGCGGCUCGGCUUUGUGGUGCGCGCGACCGACCUGCUGGAUCACGUGAUCGUCGAGAUACGGCAAGAUUCGCCCGCCGCCCUCUGCGGAAAGGUGGAGGUCGGCGAUGUUUUCUUAAAAAUAAAUGACACGGAUGCGCAACAAUAUUCCCCACGUGAUGUAUUAAAAUGUUUAGGACUUGCUACGGAACCGAUCACGCUGCGCAUGAAGCGAGAUCCGUGGAUAAAGAAAUACCUGCGCGAGCAGUACCAGCACGAGGAGCAGCAGCUCGUGCUGAGCGACGACUCGAUCGAGUCGCAAUCGUACAAGGUGCGGAGCGACAACACGAACGGUUCCUCGCCGUCGCUGCCGGCGUCGCGCCUAGCGCAGCCGAAGCGCUCCAAGCUGCUGUCGCUCGACUCGGAGCCGAACCUAAACUCGCCGAACGCCGCCCGGACGCCCGGCAACGGCAACCCGUACGCGGUGCGCGAGUGCCUGUCCGAGUCGGCGUGCCGGCCGUCCCGCAUACCGCAGGCGAUCGCGCACAGCAACUGGAGCGCCCCGCAGUCGCCGUCGCGGGGGCGGAAGCCGCCGCGCGCCUCCCAGAUACCGACGGCCCGGCCGGAUCUGCUCAAGCACCAGCGCUUCGUCAUGACCGGCGAGUCCCAGUUCGAGUCGCGCUACUACGACACCACGACAACAACGACAACGACCGCGGUCAUUAAGGAGCCACCGGAAAGCGUCCGGGACUCGCCAACCAAUCAGCGAUUUGGUGGCGUCGGCGGCAAGCGCAAGAACGCACCGCUUGUCAACUACGAUACGCUUUCCUCGUCCACCAGCCGGUCGGAUGAGAACAGCAACAGCAGCUGCCUGAUGGAGGAUAACGCAAACAACGACCCGACGCAGCCGCCCUCGCCCGCCUCCCCCCUCUCGCCAACAGAUGCGGCGGCAGCGGCCAGCGACAAUAAUGGCGGUAAGCUGAACGUCAACCACGGCUCGAACGGUAACAACAAUCUGCCGGAACUGAGCAAGCCGGCGAACCGCAGCAACGGCGAGGGCGGCACUGACGGUGGUGCGAGUGGAAACCAAAACGCAUACAGCGGCAACGCGACGACAGCAGGCGAUGAUGCGGCCGCCGGUCGGGAGGGCGCUGCAUGGGCGAAAGACUGUGAUAGUUCGGCCGGCGGUGAUGGUGGUGGUGGUGGGGGCACGCGGACGAACAGUGAGGCCGCCGCCCGGCAGCGCCAUACAGGGGCGGGGUCGCGCUCGCGGGGCGAUCCGAGCGAGAUUAGCUACUCGGUGCCAACGUCCCCCACCACGUACAGUGUGGGGGGAGGCGGCGGAGGCGGUGGUGGUGGCGGUGGCGGUGGUCCCGGUGGAGGCAGCGAGUAUCAUCAUCACCAUCAUCACCACCAUCAUCUGCUGUCGUCGGGCGGUGGUGAGCAGUAUCGCAAUAACAACGAGAUGGGCAUCAACUCGCUACCGACGAGCCCGGAGUAUGGGGGCGCAGCAGGAGGAGGUGGGGGCGCAGGAGGAGGAGGAGGAGGUGGUCAGCAGGUGUUCCGGUACGGGGCCGGCUCGGUGACCGAACACUCCUCGAACGGUGGCUGUGGUGGUGGUGGCAGUGGCGGAACGGGCGACAUGAGCAGCGGCGAGCUGACGGCCAACACGAACAUGAGCUCCGGGUCGGGCCCGGCCAGCGGCAUGAUACGCAAGUGCGACGCGGCCGGCUUCCGCACCAGCCGCUCGGAGGACCAUCUGCAGCAGACGCAGCGAGACGGCGGCAUCGGGGCGGUGGUUUCGAUCGACAUCGACGAGGACGUGAACAGCUCACUCAACACGCUGCUCGACACGCGCCACGAUUCGCAGGAGUACGCGAUAUCGGAACGCGAGCGGUUUCUCUGGUCGUACAACGCGCAGCCAGCUCCAAAGACGACGGCAGCCGGGGGCGGUGGCGGGACCGAAGGCGCGACCGGCCACGCCAGCGAACCGGGUGGUGCUGCCAGCGUGGUCUCGCCCCAGUCCUACUCCAGCUCGGUCAGCUCGUCGCCCCAGCGCUCGGCCAGCGAUAGUCCGGCUUCACCUACCUCCGUCUCGAGCUCGGUCAUGUCUUCCUCUGGCGGGUCGCGCGAGCACUCGCACAACGGGCAUGCGGGCGGAACGAACAGUUCCUCGAUCGCUAACAAUCUGCCGGGAGGCAAUCACUACCACCACCAGCAGCAGCAGCACUCGCACCAUCAGCAUCACUCACAGCACCACCACCACCACAACAACCAGCAGCAGCAGCAGCAGCAGCAGCAGCAGCACCAUCACCAUCAGCAGCAGCACUCCUCCGGCGGUGGCCAGCAGCAACAGCCCGGGUACGGUGGAGGCGGCGGUCGCGAUCACAGCGUCUCGGAGGCGGUUUCGAACAUCUCCAGCCCCGACUACCAGGACGAGCACGAUCUGCUCAGCACCAAGGACCUUAUGGCGAUGGCGAUCAGCGAUCCGAGCGACUCCGACUCGACCAUCCUCAUCUCGGAGAACACGCACCGGUGCGACCUGCCGCUGAGCCACUCGGACCGCGACCACAAGCUGGUGAUUCAGGUAAAGUCAGGCGAGCUGGGCGGUGCUGCCGACGGGUCGGCCGGGCGCCACCUGACCGACGCGGAGGAAGACUACGACGGGGCCCGCUGUCUCGCGCUGCUCAAGGAGGCGGAACGGUCCGAGCUGGACAGCUUCGACGCGAUGGACUGCGACGGCAUGAUGCUGCAGAUGCCGGGCCCCAACAGUGGGCUGGGCCACGCGGGCGACGGCAUGCUCGCGUACGGGGGCAGCGUGACGCGCGAAUCAUCUCCGCCCGUGUCCGACGAUGGUAGCGACGUUGACUCGCUGCACUCGUUCCACUACUCGCCGAAGGCGGUCGAUCUGCCGUCGGCCGAGCGGCUGGCCAAGCGGCUCUACUACCUGGAGGGCUUCAAGAAGAGUGACGUUUCGCGACAUCUCUGCAAAAACAACGAUUUCAGCCGCGCCGUCGCCGAGGAGUAUCUAAAGUUCUUUUUCUUCGAGUGUCUCACGCUGGACAAGGCGCUGCGCCUCUUUCUGAAGCAGUUUUCACUGACCGGCGAAACGCAGGAGCGGGAGCGUGUGCUGGUACACUUCUCCAAGCGAUACCUGGACUGCAAUCCACGCUCGUUCAAUUCCCAAGAUGCUGUGCAUACGUUGACCUGUGCUAUUAUGCUGCUAAAUACGGACCUGCACGGACAGAACAUUGGCUCCAAGAUGACGUGCGCCGAGUUUAUUGACAAUCUGAGCGACCUGAACGACGGCGAAAACUUCCCCAAGAAUGUGCUGAAGCAGCUCUACUAUUCCAUCAAGGAGAAGCAGCUCGAGUGGGCACUCGACGACGAAACGGAUCCAAAGUCGGGCAACCGCAACGGCGACGGCAACGGCAACGGUGGCAAUGGCAACGGGCUCGGCGGCAACGGUGGCGGCGGUGGGGACGGUGGACCGACCGGUGGCAGCCUGCAGGGGCCACCGGUCGGGCCGAACCCGUUCCUCGAGGCGCCGCCCAUGUUCGCGGCGGUCGAGUACAAGAAGGGCUACGUGAUGCGCAAGUGCUGCUACGACACGAACUACAAGAAGACAUGCUGCGGGUUUGUUUGUUCGCUUGCAGCACCGUUCGGUCGGCGGUCGUGGAAGAUGUUCUUCUGCACGUUGCGCGACCUGGUGCUGUACCUGCACAAGGACGAGCACGGCUUCCGGAAGAACCAGAUGUCGGACAACGUGCACAACGCGAUCCGCAUCCACCAUGCGCUGGCGACGCGCGCGAGCGACUACACCAAGAAGCAGCACGUGUUCCGGCUGCAGACGGCCGACCAGUCGGAGUUCCUGUUCCAGACGAGCGACUCGAAGGAGCUGCAGUCGUGGAUCGACACGAUCAACUUUGUGUGCGCCUCGUUUUCUGCCCCGCCGCUCGAGGGCGGUGUCGGCAGCCAGAAGAGAUUUCAGCGACCGUUGCUACCGUGCACCCACAGUCGCCUGCUGUUGCGCGAUCAAUUGUCAUCGCACGAGCGACAAAUUAACAAGAUAAUGACCCUGCUGGAGGAGCACAAGAUGUCGACCGCACCACCGAAAGGGCUGGCCCUGCAGAACUACAAGGAAAAGGAGGUGUAUCUGCAGUAUGAGCUGAAGCGAUACAAAACCUACUACAACCUGCUCAGCUCGCGGUUAACGAUGGAGCCGCAAGAUUUCACCAACCAGCAUCAGGUCAGUGCGGCCGCCCUGAACGAUACUGGCGAGCGGCGGGACGACUCAACGUGCAGCACGAUGCUACCGCUCGGUGGUGGUGGUGGCGGCGGCGGCGGAGGCGGCUACGAGUACGGUGCCAACAGUCAUCCGGGACCGGGCCAGCAGCGGACGGCGACUAAUGCCGGUAACCUAAUGCCAAACUUUAUCCAGCAGCACCAGGGCCAGGGUGGCGGGCCCGGGCUGAACGCAACCGGCCGGUCUGGGCUGUCGCCGCCGGAUACGACAGCGCUCGGGCAGCUGCCCCGCGUCGCGACCGAAUCCACCAACAGCCUGUAGGCGUGUGCCACCGGCUGGUUCGGCCCAUUCUUCACCCCGAUCCCGCCCUCUUAGCGCCACCGGGUCGACCAAACGGUGGCAGACAGCAGCGAGCGGUCGCAGUGAAGGGAAGGGGCGUGAAUUUAAACCGAAACACGCUGGGAAACCCGAAACGAAACAUUUGUGUGCAUAUAUAUAUUUAGAGAGAUAUAUAUACUAUAAACAUUACUGGUAGGUGACGCGGUCAGACAAAUCCGAUAGAAGUAUUUCGCACUAGUAUUCACAGACGCGCGCGGAUGCUUGUCUUGCAUUCCAAAUUUGACUACGUGUGGCAUCAUCUGCCUGUCAUCCGCCUGGAAAGUUAAAUUAGCAACAAAAAAAAAGAAGAAAAACGAAGGGAAGAAAAAG